AACAAAUAUGUGCAACUGCUUUAAAUAACGUAGCCAGGACGAUUGAGUUCCGUGUCAUCCUUUGGAUACAACUAAAACAAAUUGAUUCGUGACAUCAGAUCGUAAAAAAACAAAAAUGUAUUUGAACGAAAUUGGACGGACAGCAUUGGUUAGUCUUUUAAUUUUACUAUUAGGGAAUGGAUAUACAGAAACGAUUGACGAUCUAAACGAAUUGAACAGUCCACCUACUUGCGAGCUGGACCCAACUGUUAUGCGUAGUAACUGUUCAUAUCAUUUCUCAAUGUAUACUCUCAACAGUACAUUCGAUCGUUAUCUUGUUGAGAAUUUUUACACAAACUUUAUCGCUGUUGCCAACAUAACAAAUAAUGACCCAAUCUGUACAGAUAACGCUACAUAUGCAGAACAAUGUGAAAAGUUUAACAUCACUACAAGCCCAGAUCUCCACACAUCGAUUCAGAAGAAACUAUGCGAGUUUGAAGCUAAUUAUUUUGCAGCGUUGCCAGCAGCGUUUGUGAGCGUAACGGAGGAUGGGUGUGCAGUCACUGCAACACUACAAAGGAAACGUGUGGGGAAAUGUGUCCCAUAUGAAGGUAUAGUCCCCGAUGGUGACCCAAGAAUUUAUCCAGUUAAUCAAACAAUAGUUGGAUCCAACAGCUCUUUACGACCAUAUGGUAGGUUGUUAUGGGAUAAAUCGGCAUCAACGAGUAGUUUUGAUAGUGGUUGCAUGCUCACCUUACAAAAUAUCGCCGGUGGCGUCAUUGCAAUCAACAUUCUAGACUCUGUUGCUGGUGUUGCCAUUGGGGAUGGCCCAUCUGAUAACUUCACGACAUUGUAUGAGGCAACUGUUACCGAACAGGCAAGGCCACCUUCUUUCGUUAGCACAACGUCAUAUAUAACUUUAGUAAUCACGUCGGACCUAAACGACCAGUUUAGAUUAACCUACAGAUUCUUACCACUGGACUAUGCCCAUACCACGGAUUUUCUCAUGCCAGCCACAACCAACACCGGAUGUGGUGAUAAUAUGGCCAUUAACACAGCCUGGGUGAUCCCUAUUAACAUAGAUGUCGAUUAUGAGACAUUGGGUAAAGCACACGAGUGUAUUUGGACCAUGAACUGGUUAACACCUAUGAAGAUCCAAUUCCAAAUUACGGAUCUCGUCUUAGUAUCUUCAGGCUUAGAUAAUGGGACUGUCAUAGAGGACCUUUAUGACAGCUGGGGGAUAGAGAGCUACCUGGAGAUCUAUACCAUGAGUAGCCCUGGUGAAGUCGUACCUGAGGCAGAAGGCAGUGGGAAGUACAAACUAGAUACUAAAAUAAGUAGCUACAAUUUCCAACCGAAUAUGACAAUAUAUCUAGACAAUAUCCGGAACGAGCCAAACUUACAGGAGUUCAUUUAUGUAAGAGUGAGGAAUGCAUACCCCGAAGGUAAUAAGCUCCAUGCCAGAGUGACCCUAUAUAUUGAUAAGGAAGGUUACACGGGUCAGCAUAUGGAGGGUGUCUUUUGUUGUAAAGACCAGAAGUGUAUCAGUUCUGAAAUGAUGUGCAACGGCUACGCUGAAUGUUCAGAAGGGGAGGACGAACUAGGAGAAUAUUGCGAUGAGAAACCAGGUUUAGAAAGCUGGAUGAACAAUUGUACAUACUCCCCUGUCGCUUGUUUCAACUUUGAACCAAAUGGGAAUGUGAUUGGGAACAAGCCUUGCUGUGCCACUGGUUCUCUUCAAUGCGACGACACUAUAAACAGUUGUUGCGCUAAUUCAGCCUCUGGAAUACAAUGUGCGGCGGCAUCAGUGACGGUAGGGCCACCAGCGCCAAAUGCACCAACGCCAAGCUGUGGUUCUAUGGACUGUGGAACCCUUGCUGCAGUCAUCAUAUGCGCCAUAGCGUUGGUUAUCAUAGCAUUGAUUUUAAUACGGGUAUAUAAGCCACACAUAGUUGGAAGAUUUCUGGCAUCUGUUACAAAACGUUCAGAGUAUCAGCAUUUGCAGUAAAAUGGUAGAUACCGUCCGUGCUUGCCAACCAGGGAUUUUUGUUCUAUAUCCAAGUGGUGAGGGUCCUUGAUAUGCAGUUAAUUCAAACUAUAGACAAAUAUGUCACGCUAGACUAUUGUUCUCGGAGGUGAUAAUACAGCCUCAGACUUACUUUAAUAUGUUAAGGAUAGAACUAUAAUAUAUU